CUCAACCCUCACUUCCAUGUCCAUAACCUUGUUAUCUUAAAAAACACAACCAAGAAGAAAAAAAAAGAGUAACCUUGCUAGGAAAAUGGAAGAUCAUCAAGAAAGUAGCAAUAUUCAAAUGUAUAGAGGAGUAAGGAAGAGAAAAUGGGGGAAAUGGGUGUCUGAGAUACGUGAACCGGGGAAGAAAACACGAAUAUGGCUAGGGAGUUAUGAGACACCGGAGAUGGCUGCAGCAGCCUAUGAUGUUGCUGCAUUUCAUCUAAAAGGCGAGAGAGCAAGACUGAAUUUCCCCGAAUUAAUCGAUAGUUUUCCAAAACCCUCAAGUUCUAAGCCUGAAGAUGUGCAAAUGGCAGCUCAUGAAGCAGCAAUGAGGUUCAAAAUUAGGAAAACUCCGGAGCCACCCGAGAGCGGUGGCUGUGGCGGUGGUGGCACGGUGGUCCCGGUGAGGGUAGGUCUAUCGUCGAGUCAAAUUCAGGCGAUUAAUGAGUCGCCAUUGGACUCACCUAAAAUGUGGAUGGAGCUAACGGGGGCUUUGUUAUUACGAGAUCCUGUUAGAGAAUACACUUGUCCCUCCUAUUCUUUUACCGAUCCUAUGGUUUUGUGUGAAGACAUUGCUGAGUUUGGGGAGUGGGAUGAAGUGCAACAGCAUCAUGAUUCCCUUUGGAAUUUUUAGGUUGAAAAAAGUUCCAUAUGGCCCCUUUUAGUAUUUAUAUUUUAGCAAAGAUUAUUAGGGGCCAAUUUAAGAAGAAGAAGAAAAGAGAACAAAAGCUUAUGCUAUUCUUCUUUUAGGAUGUUGGAUGGUUUAAACUUUUGUGGCUCUCUUAUUUAUUUUUUAUUUUUCCCCUAGAGAUUCUUUUGGAGAAUAUUUGUUAUAUUGUAAUCUUGGGAAGUCCAUGAAGAUUUACUAAAUCAAUAGAAAGAAGAUAAUGGUGGAGCCUUGAAUUAA